CGCAUGCAGCCGUGCCGUAUCAGGUGCUCUUGGAUGAAUUGGCCGUGCAGCGGUCGCCCUCGGAAAAUCCGUUGUUUCAGAUCCUGCUGAACUAUAAGAUGGGGUCGACAGAGGAGGCGACACUGGGAAGCUGUAGGGCGCAGAGCUUACGUAUGGAUGAUGCCAGAACAGGGCUAGAUCUGGUGGUAGAAGUGGAGGAAUUUGUGGAUGGGAAUUGUAAGGUUGCCAUUAGGGGGCAAGAGUAUCUGUAUGACAAGGAGAGUCUGGGGUUUAUCAUGUCCUCGCUCGUGAGCAUUCUUGAGGAGGUUACAGCGCGGCCCAGCAUGCCGGUUGCUAACCUCGCAAUGUUUGAUGAGAAGAGUAUCACACAUGCACUCGAGCUUAGCCGGGGUGAGCGCGUCUAUACAGACGAGCACUUGCUGACAGUGGUGCAUUUGUUCGAUCGACACUGCAAGGCUCACCCCAGGGAUGUGGCCGUCAAGCAAGCGGACGGUCAAUUCUUGUCCUAUGGGGAAUUGCAGGGUCGUGCACAGGAGCUGGCCAGACAGCUACAGGAGCUUAAGGGGUCGGCUGCGAUCGUUGUCGCCUGCAAGCCGAGCCUGGACACCAUUGUGUCAAUUGUGGGUAUUCAUUAUGCCGGCUGUACCUACGUGCCGGUCGACAUUGAGCAUCCAGAAGAGCGACUGCGAACUAUUGUUGAAGACUGCAAGCCGCGAGCCAUCCUCUACCACGAGAAUACCAAGGAACUUGCUACGUCCUUGGCCGGUGGCACUAUAGCUGUUCCCACACCACAGUCCGGGAUGGACGAGGUCUUUCCGAUCAGGGCCAGUGUCAACGACACCGCGUAUAUCUUGUAUACCAGCGGGUCAACCGGAAAGCCCAAGGGGGUUAUUGUCAGUCACGGCAAUCUGACAUGCCAGAUCCUAUCGAUGCGACAGAAUGCAUCUCUGGAGAGGGAGACAGUGCUUCACCAGAGCGGCGUUGCGUUCGACGCCUCAAUUGAUUGUGUUUACGCCGCUUUAGCCGGGCAAGGAACGUUGGUGAUGGCUCCUCCGGAGGUGAGACGUGAUCCGGUGCAACUAGCCAGUUUGAUGGCCAGGGAGCAGAUUACCUACACGCAGAUGACCUCGUCCGAGUACCACAAUCUCGUGGUGUAUGGUGCAGAGCACUUGAAGCAAUGCGUGACGUACCGCAACGCGUUUUGUGGCGGAGAGAAGUUUUUGUCCAGUCUGAUCCCUCUUUUCCGGGGAUUGAAGCUACCCGCACUGAGAGUGUGGAACCGAUACGGUCCGACCGAGAUCACUGUGUCGUCGAGCAUGCAGAUGAUUGUCGGGGUGGAUGGGCCAAAUAGUAGCACAGAGUUGAUCCCGUGUGGUCGUCCGUUGACGAACUACUCCGUUUUUAUUCUUGAUGAACAGCGCCGACCGGUACCUGCAGGUGUACCGGGCGAGAUCUGCAUUGGUGGAGGAGGCGUGGCCCAAGGGUAUCUGAACAAUGCCCGGCUCACGGCUAGCAAAUUCGUCAAGAAUAUCUAUGCUAGUGAGGAUGACGUACAGCGGGGCUGGGACAGGCUGUAUCGGACGGGCGAUCGAGGCUACCUGCUGUCUGAUGGGUCACUAGCGUUUCUGGGUCGAAUGGAGGGAUCCGCGCAGGUGAAAAUCAGGGGACAGCGAGUGGAGCUGGAUGAGAUCGAGACGGCUAUUGUGGCCACGUCUGAGGGAACGGUUUUGUCAGCAGGGGUGUGCGUCAAGGGCGACAAUGCGAAUGCGGUGUUGGCAGCGUAUGUCGUCGUGCAUCCUGAUGUGCAAGUUGACUCACUCUCGUCACUGGUAGCGAGUCUCGCUCGGUCGCUCCCUCUCCCACGGUACAUGCGGCCUUCGUCAUUCAUGGCAGUAGGCAAGCUGCCUCACACCACAUCAGGGAAGCUAGAUCGCCAGGCUUUGUGCAACUUGUCCGGGACGCCAAUCGCGAUCGAAACGAACAGUCAAUUUGCUCCGCUGGGAGUGGAGGAGGAGGUCAUGGCAAAGGCGUGGCGUGAGGUUCUUCCUGGCGAGGCAGUCUUGUCAGCAGAGUCCAAUUUCUUCGACGUUGGGGGGAACUCGCUGCUUCUAGUGCGGUUGCAGAAGGUGAUUGAGGAGUUGACAGGGAAGAGCGUGGCGCUGACGGAGUUGUUUUCAACUCCGGGGCUGUCGGCGAUGGCCCGUCUUCUGCAGCCUCAGGAAGCCACCAAGGAAACCACCGAGGUUGACUGGGAAAGCGAGACUCGGCUUACACCUUCCUUGCUUGGGGCUAUCCAGACAUCUCCCCGGUACAGCCCUGAUUCGAAAGUCGAGGUUAUUUUGACUGGUGCAACGGGUUUCCUCGGUCGGACCCUGCUGCACCAGCUCCUCACCCAUCCGAGGAUCGCACAUGUUCAUUGCCUGGCCAUCCGCAACAGCAGUGUAUCCCGGCAGUCCCUGACCCGCAAUGCCGACCACGCCGCUAAACUAACCCUGUACCCCGGCGACCUCUCCCAUCCCACUCUCUCCUUGGAUGACGGAGUCAUCGCCAGUCUCUCAAACAGAACAGGGUUGAUCAUCCACAACGGCGCCUCGGUGUCCUUCUUGAAAUCGUAUUCCACUCUGCGGGGGCCCAACUUCCACUCCACUCGCUUCCUGCUCCAGCUGUCAAUCGAACGGGGCAUCCCAUUCCACUUUGUCUCGACAGGCGGUGUGGUCAACCUCACCGGCCAACCAACCUGGCCCCCUGUUUCAGUCCGGAACUACCCGCCUCCGGGGGAGCAGGGGUACAUCGCGAGUAAAUGGGCCAGUGAGCAUCUCAUCGAGAACGCCGUUGAGGCUUUGCACCUGCGUGGGGUGCACUUACCGGUGGUGGUGCAUCGUCCCGCAAGCAUCGUCGCCCGACAACCCGGUACGCCCGGUACGUCGGAGAAUGAACCCCCGGCCAUGGACAUCAUGCACAAUAUGGUGCAGUAUGCGCGGAAGAUGCGGUGUUUCCCGGUAACGGAGGGAGUGAAUUGGCGGUUUGACUUUGUGGCGGUCGAUGCUGUUGCUUCGAGGAUACUUGCUUCCGCUUUGGGGGACGAGGAUGAGAGGGACGGGGUGAAGUAUCUACAUCACUGUAAUGAGCGGAAGCUGUCUCCGAGAGAAUUGAAGGAGGAGUUGGAAGAGGAGGCUGGGUGUAUGUUCGAGGAGGUGGAGGUGGGGGAAUGGGUGCGACGGGCCAAGGAAUGUGGGAUGGACGGGCUGGUGGCGGCCACGCUGGUGGAUUUGAUGGAGCGGCAGAGGGGGGUGGUGUUUACGGAGAUGAGUCUAUAGACUGCUGAUGAUUG